GAUCGAAGUGACGGAAGUUGCUCGCGUACCGACUUCUUGGCGAACCGAUCAGAAAAUUCUCCGUCUAACCUCGAAGAACGCGAGAAUAAGUAGCUCGCGGUCGGAGUCCUGGGUCCCCGAAAGGAGAGCCUAACUUUUCGAACGAAUAGUCGUCGCCGGCGAAUCCUCGAUUCCGACGCAGCGCCGGGCUUGUCGAUCUCCGUGGCGCAGUCGGUUUGAUCGAAAGGAUCGGCCGCAGGCCCUUUCAAGCUUCGUUACGAGCGAGCGAGUCACCCUUGAACCUCGUUAUAUGCAGUCAAGUUUUCAACACCUCGAGCGUGGAGGCGCACGCGCCGGCAGAUGCUCGUUCUCGGCGGGUCCUCGUUGACGUGGACAAGCCCGAGCACGCCGAGGAGUCUUCUACGGCUUCGGGGACGCGCUGCUCUCUCCCUCGGCCGACUGUUCCCCGGCGGAAAUCAAUCGGGACCACCGUGGCUACGGAAAUUUCCAACGAGCACGCGAUCCGGCCGAGAAUGAGCCAGCCAGAGUGUCCGGGCCCGUGCAAUCCGAGGAACAGGCGCGACCAUUGCCGACGAGUUUGCUUGCAACACGUCGCGACGCUGCUCGAGGAGCUUCCACCGUGCAUCCGGGCGAGACUGCGUCCCGAGGACGUCUCCGAUGCCUGCGGGACCCUGCCGAAAUCGACCGUGCCAGCCUAUCGCGACGUCUCGACCGGCGGCGAACCGUCCGCGAAGCCGUCGCAACCGGAACACGGCAAACCGAUCGGAGACGUCGGACCGGUCAGAGUCAGCGAACCGAUCGUAAAUAAUUCGUUAAAGGUGGCCACCGUCCAAACGGAUAUCCCGGAUGAAGAACUGGACGUUGGACGCCACCGAGGUAUCAUCGCCGGAGGCCAACAACAGGAAGCAGAGACUCAAACCGUCGAACUGGGCAGCAUGGUGAUCGCCAGAAGACUGGACUCGUUGCGUUCCAACAUCGAAAACGUGUCCCUGGUUUUGAAAGGGACCGCGUCGCGGUUGACGGGUCUUCUCGGUCUCAAGAAGAGGGUCUGCUCCUGUAGAGCGGUCCAGGCGAUGCUGUACUCGGCCGUCCUGCUGGUGUUGACGGCGUUCGCCCGGGACACCGAGUUCUACCAGUUCUUCGUGUCCAGCCAGAUCUGCGGCAUCAUCGUGGUCCUAAGCUGGAAGAUCGCCGGCAGCGUUCCCAUUUGACGGCUGCGAACCGCGAGUUUCGAAGUCCUCGACACGAUCGCCGAUUUAACGACGAUCGCGUCGGACGCAACAAAUUGCGCGUGUUCAUUGAAAGACCGGCCAAUCGUUCGGAGAGCAUUGAAACCGCAAACGCCGCGAUCGUUCGCCGGCUCCGGCGACCGCAAGUCACGGACGAACGGGCCCCGACCGCUCCUCUUUCAACGCCGGCCGAUAAUCUCGAUCGGACGCGAGCGGACCUAGUUAGCAAAGCUGGGGAAAAUCAAUCUUUGAAAUAGUAAAUCGACUAUAAAUACUUUGGUCUUCUUAUGUA